UAUUGCUUUAUUUGCGAGACGCGAAAACAUACCGAGCGAGAAACAAAGAAAGAGGGGAAAAAACAAACCAACCGAAGAGCCCAAACCCUAACUUCGACGAUCUCAUGGCGAACGACAAUCAGAUCGAAUCUCACCACCGCAAGAAGCACCACCGUUCGUCAUCAUCCUCCGACGAAGCCGAUAAAUCAUCUAAACGCCACAAGCACCGUCACCACCACAAGCGCCAUCACAAGCGACAUCGCCGUGACAGGAAGCGCGAAGAUGAGAUUCCAUCGGGAGAAGAUGAGGCAGAGCCGAUGGAUGCUACUCCGAUUGGAGUUAGUGACGGCGGUGGGGAUGACGUUGAGGAAGGGGAGAUUCUAGAUGAGCAAGGGCUCGCCAAUGUUAAGACUCUAGAUUCCGAAAUCAAAUCCGAUCAGAUUCAAGACAACGAUCUGACUUCCAAUGGUGUUCUAACUCGUGAAUCUACAAGGGAGGACAAGAGGUUGUAUAAAGAAUCUGGGGGACUUUUGGAGAGAGUUGGUAAAACAAGUUAUGAUAAUGGCAGGAGUUCGUUUUCUUCGGACAACUCUGAAGAUAAGCAUAAGAGUAGUAACCGGUCUCUGACAGAGAGCCGACAGUGUAACGAAGUCCGUGCGAGGAGUAGGUCUAAGUCACAUGAUCGGGAGAGGGAAAUAUCUAGAUCAAGGGUUGUUGCGGAGGAGGAUGAGUUUUCGGUCAGAGGAAGACAUCGUGACUCUAGUAGGGAGUAUCGUCAUGACAGAGUUGACUAUGGGAGGACUGUGGAAAAAUAUCAUCGACGGGGGCGAUAUGAAGAAGAUGACAGGGGAUAUACUCGAGAAGUCAAGGAAGGAGAAAGAAGCAAGGAGAGGGAGGGAAGCGUACGAGACAGGGAUUCAGAGGUAAGUAAACGGAGGGAGAGAGAUAGUGAUCGGAGGAGCGAUAGAGGACGAGAGAAAAGGAGGGAGAUAGAGGCUGACCGUGAAAGGGGAAAAGACAGGGAACGGGAGAGUAGCAUUGAUAGGGACAGGAGAAGGGAGAGGGGAGGACGAGAUAGAGACAAUGAAAGAGGUAUGAGCGUCAAUAGGGAAAGGAGAAGGGAGAGGGAAGGAGAUUAUUUACGAGAUAGAGACAAUGGAAGAGGUAGGAGUAGAGAUAGAACAAGAUAUGAUAGCCGAGAGAGGAUGAGAGAAAAAGAAAGGGAGAGUGACAAAGAUAGAGGUAAAGGGAAAGAAAUCCAGGCUGAUAGUGAGAAGUUUAAAAGUGUUGAAGUGGACGACAGCGAAAGGUCGAAAAAUGAGAAUAAUAAAGAUGAUAAUGACAAAGAAUUUAUAUGGAAGUCUCCGGAAGAAAUAGAAGAGGAAGAAUUAAAUAAGAUCAGGGAGAGCAUAGAGAAAUUUAAAAAGAAGUCCGAGCAGCAAAGUGAGCUUAUUUCGCAGGAUAAGGGGAAAGGUGUCGUUAAAAAAAGCAGUGCUCCAGAUUCGGCUUCUUCUGUAGUUGGUGACGUUGCUAAAACCUCAUUAACAGCUGGUGGGCCACCUACUAUGCCUGUAAUAUCAAACUCGGAGAAGACUCAAGCUCCAGCAGGGCUUGGCGAAGGUAGCCCAAAGAGUGAAAGAUCAGCUGACAUGUUCCAUGAUGAUAUAUUUGGAGAGUCCCCAGCUGCUAAUCAUAAAGUGGCUCACAUGCGAGGGAAAGGUGAUGGAGUUCCAAUGGUAAGGAGCGGGCUUCAUGACAAUUGGGAUGAUGCAGAGGGUUAUUACAGCUAUCAGUUUGGCGAGCUAAUUGACGGCAGAUAUGAAGUCAUUGCUACUCAUGGAAAAGGCGUUUUCUCUACUGUCGUUCGUGCAAAAGAUUUAAAAGCUGGACCAGCUGAACCUGACGAAGUUGCUAUAAAAAUUAUUCGUAACAACGAGACAAUGCAUAAAGCUGGCCAGACUGAGGUUCAGAUAUUGAAGAAGCUGGCUGGUGCUGACCAAGAUGACAAGAGGCACUGUGUUCGUUUGCUUUCAAGUUUUAAGUACCGGAAUCACCUUUGCUUGGUGUUUGAGUCGCUCCAUUUGAAUCUUCGUGAGGUCUUGAAGAAGUUUGGCCGUAACAUUGGCCUUAAACUCUCUGCUGUUAGGUCCUAUUCAAAGCAGCUAUUCAUUGCCCUUAAACAUCUGAAGAAUUGUGGGGUUCUUCACUGCGAUAUAAAACCUGACAACAUGCUGGUGAAUGAGAACAAAACCGUGUUAAAGCUUUGUGACUUUGGUAAUGCAAUGUUUGCUGGAAAAAACGAAGUCACACCAUAUCUCGUUAGUCGCUUUUACAGAUCCCCUGAAAUCAUUCUGGGGCUGGCUUAUGACCAUCCGCUUGAUAUAUGGUCGGUUGGCUGCUGUCUGUAUGAGCUUUAUUGCGGGAAAGUUCUUUUCCCGGGCGCCACAAAUAAUGAUAUGUUACGCCUUCAUAUGGAACUAAAAGGCCUUUUCCCCAAAAAGAUGCUUCGGAAGGGAGCAUUUAUUGAUCAGAACUUUGAUCACGACUUGAACUUUUACGCUACAGAGGAGGACACUGUUAGUGGGAAGAUGAUGAAGAGAAUGAUUGUAAAUGUAAAGCCAAAAGAUUUUGGUUCAAUUAUUAAGGGUUACCCUGGUGAGGAUCCCAAGAUGGUGGCUCAUUUCAGGGAUCUCUUAGACAAGAUGUUCAUCCUUGAUCCAGAGAAGAGACUGACUGUGUCACAGGCAUUAGCUCACCCAUUCAUCACUGGCAAGUGAAACCAUGUUGUCGUUUUCUCUCUCUCUGUUAUAUCAAGAAAUGCUGUUGUCCUAGAUAUUUUUGUACAUUGCACAUCUUAAUUUUAAUAUGAGGUUCUAAUCUUUGAACUGUCUCCAUCUUCCUUCUGCUGCGUGAGAGCGUUGGUUACAAUAUCGGCAUGGGUGAUGGUUUUUGGGUGACCACUGCGAUUCUCAAUGGGAAUUUACUGGUUUUAUUGUAAGACAACCUGCUAAUGGCGCUCUCUUUCUUUAUACUGCUGUGUAAUCUCAUUGCCGACUUUACUCAUUGUAGACGUCUAUGUUUGGAAACAUUCCAUCCGAAUAAGGAGAGGGCUAUUCUGAAUCAUAUUUUAAUUAUAUGAAAACUCUGUGAAUAUCGUUUGUGAUAGUGAAUUGUUUCAUUCUU